AUGUCGACUGCAACUGCACCCUCCAGCGCCGGCAAUGACCCUCCCAUCAAGACAAUCGACGUCGAUGCGUUCCCCCAUAUCCUGGACAGCAUCCUCUCAUACACAGAAUGGCACGACCUUUUCAAGUGGCGCCAAACUUCUCGCUCCAUCUGCGCUCGCAUAGACCAGAUCACCACGACCCGCCUCGAUGUGCGCGAGGACUUCAACUGGCUGCGCAUCAGUUGCCUCGCCUCUCCCUACGGUAGUGUCCCUGCACUCUGCGACCACAUGUAUCGAUGGCAUCAUGGAGCUGAAGCCCUCAACCGGCAAGAGGAUGACCUCCGUGACCGCAUGUUUUCCACGCUGGUGACGACCAAGGUACUGGACGUGUACAGCCCACUCGCUGCGUCCGAGGCCUUGGGCCGUCCCAUUCCUGACCACCCUGGAAAGUUCAGCCGCUUGACACACGUUCGCCUGCACCCCUCUCAGCGUGGUGAUUUCAGUCAUCAUUGCCUUGCUUUCACAGCUCCUACCCUGGUCGUGUUUUGCAACAUGAACGUCCGCGUCCUGUUGCACAAACAUGAGUUUCCUUCGGGUGGACUCCUCAGAUUGCUGCCCACAACUUUCAUUCCAAGGGCCACAUCAAAGCUUGUUCUCAACAUCACAUACGUCCAACUGGCCUAUCAUUUUGACAAGGCUCUGUGGGAUGAUAACGACGUUAUUCCUGUAACGGUCGCGGAAAUUGUCUUCGUCUUCAGCAACUGCGGCCCGAAGCCAAGAGGGCAGCCCGAUUGGGCAUUUGAUCAGAACGUUGAGGAGCUGCGAAAAUGGCUUGUCAAGUUUGUUCUGCACACUGUUGCCACUGGCCGCCGAGACGUCGUCUUUGUGGACUUUGAAAAGGUCGAUUUCAAGUGGUGGAACAAGCGGAAGAAGCAGACCCUCGACCCCAAACAAAUCCAAGAAUGCCAGGACGUGUAUGAACUCGCCUGUAAGCGCAUCAAGUCUAUUGAAUUUGUCACUUUGGCCGAGUACGCGACUCGUCUCGCGCCCGGACAGCUGAAACUCGAGACUCGGGAGGACUUGUAA